CUAGAAAAUAUUUCGUUAUACAUCUGCGAGCGAUACAUCGAAUUUGAAUGAAUUCUAUUUUACGUAUACACAGAAUCGGGAAUUGUUUCGGGAGUCUGACGUAGCGACAGAGAUUGGAUUUUAAACGAAUGACAUGAAUUCAUUAUUAUGAGUUUAUCGUUACCAUAUGCGAUGAACUCAGGCUUUUUGUAUUACUUAUCUUAAUAGAAGAAACUGCAGACUCGUAUCUUUGAUGCUGACAUGAAAAUUUGACUCGACUAAUCGUAAGGCUCUUAUAAAUACUUAAAAAUGGCAUGGACACAGUAUCAACGUUUGUUGGCUCUUCUCAUGGUCAUCACUGGAUCGUUUAAUACUUUAUCCGUAAAAUACGCUGAUGAACAAAUUGUACGAGGAGAAGAUGGCCAGCCUAGACAUUUUAAUCAUCCCUUCAUGCAAUCUACCUUCAUGUUCAUCGGUGAAAUGAUGUGCCUCGUAGUAUUCAAAAUUCUUCAUUAUUACUACACUCGAAAAGGCGAUGGCUCUGUGGAUACCCAUCCUUUGACCAAAGGAUCGCAUGUAUUCAAUCCUUUCCUUCUAUUGAUUCCUGCCUUGUGCGAUACAUGUGCUACCUCUGUCAUGUACGUUGGUCUGAAUAUGACAUACGCGAGUAGUUUUCAAAUGCUCCGUGGUGCUUCUGUUAUAUUUACGGCUAUACUCUCGAUGGGUUUCCUGAAUAAAAAACUAGGUCGUAGAGAAUGGAGCGGUAUAGUAAUGGUGAUACUUGGUUUAGCUCUCGUCGGGGUGAGCGACGCUAUCACGGAAGACAAGGACAUUAGCAGAAACUCGAUUUUAACCGGAGAUCUUCUGAUCAUAUGCGCGCAGGUAAUAACUGCGGUUCAAAUGGUGGUAGAGGAGAAAUUUGUUGCGGGACAGAACAUACCAGCGCUUCAAGCAGUCGGUUGGGAAGGUGUAUUCGGAUUUAUUUUCAUAUGCGUGUUAAUGGUUCCCCUUAACUUUAUACACGCAACACCCCCGUUUGCCGACAAUUCACGGGGAACUAUGGAGGCUACCGCGGACGCGUUGGUUCAGAUCGGGAAUAGCGGUCAUUUGUUGAUGGCGAUAGUCGGUAUAUCGUUUAGCAUAGCCUUCUUCAAUUUCGCUGGUAUAAGCGUCACCAAAGAGAUGAGUGCUACCACCAGAAUGAUAUUAGACAGUGUCCGAACGAUCGUUAUAUGGGUCUUUUCUUUAAUAGUGCAGGAACAAAAGUUCCAGUAUGUACAGCUAAUCGGUUUCACGAUUCUGUUCAGUGGUACCUGUAUCUAUAACAAUAUUAUUAUACCUCAACUUGUACGAAAAUGUAGAUACCGUCUAGGCCGACACAGACCGCCACCAAAUGAUCGUGAAAAUAUUAUUAAUACGGCAGCGGACGACAUUCCAGAAACCGAAUAAAAUUGAUACAUAUUCUUCCUCGUCGAAGCGUAUGAUCGCUAAUUCCGUAUAACAAGAAGAAUGCUCGUAUUUUCGUGAGAUCUGUUACACGCCAAUUUUCUUCGAAGAACGGUAAAGCCUGUGAUCUUGAUAAUUGUGUAAGACCAUUUUCGAUAUGUUUCGUUCAAAAAACUCGAUUUCCGCGUUCGUACUAAUUUGUUCAGCUUUCAAAUUCGACGCAUCAUAUGUAAGGACGUGUAUUUUUCGAUGUCGUUUUGCAUAGGCUUUUAAUAUAAAUGUAUGUAUCUUCAACGUUUGCUGAUAAAGAGAUACUUGGAUCUUGAA